GCUUCCGCCUUCUCUCACCCAAUCUGUGAGGUCGGCCGCAGCCGUGACUCCGGAAGAACUCGGCCGGGCCUCCGGAUGUGACGCACGGGCCAGGGCGCGCCGUAGCUGCUGAGAAAGCGCAGAGAAGGCGGGCGCCGUCUGAGGUCUGGCAGGCAGAGACAGAGCCGGGCGCCCACGGCCCGAGCGCCCACGGCAGCACCAUGCCCGCACUCCUGGAGCGCCCCAAGCUUUCCAACGCCAUGGCCAGGGCGCUGCACCGGCACAUUAUGAUGGAGCGGGAGCGCAAGCGGCAGGAGGAAGAAGAGGUGGAUAAGAUGAUGGAACAGAAGAUGAAGGAAGAACAGGAGAGAAGGAAGAAAAAGGAGAUGGAAGAGAGAAUGUCACUAGAGGAGACCAAGGAACAAAUUCUGAAGUUGGAGGAGAAGCUUUUGGCCCUACAGGAAGAGAAGCAUCAGCUUUUCCUGCAGCUCAAGAAAGUUUUACAUGAGGAAGAAAAACGGAGGCGAAAGGAACAGAGUGACCUGACCACCCUGACAUCAGCUGCGUACCAGCAGAGCCUGACCGUCCACACAGGAACUCAUCUCCUUAGCAUGCAGGGGAGCCCUGGAGGACACAAUCGCCCAGGCACCCUCAUGGCAGCUGACAGAGCCAAACAAAUGUUUGGACCCCAAGUGCUUACGACCCGGCACUAUGUGGGCUCAGCAGCUGCUUUUGCGGGGACACCAGAGCAUGGACAAUUCCAAGGCAGUCCUGGUGGUGCUUAUGGGACUGCUCAGCCCCCACCUCACUAUGGACCCACACAGCCAGCUUAUAGUCCUAGUCAGCAGCUCAGAGCUCCUUCAGCAUUCCCUGCAGUGCAGUACCUAUCUCAGCCACAGCCACAGCCCUAUGCCGUGCACGGCCACUUUCAGCCCACUCAGACAGGUUUCCUCCAGCCUGGUGGUGCCCUGUCCUUGCAAAAGCAGAUGGAACAUGCUAACCAGCAGACUGGCUUCUCCGACUCAUCCUCUCUGCGCCCCAUGCACCCCCAGGCUCUGCAUCCAGCCCCUGGACUCCUUGCUUCCCCACAGCUCCCUGUGCAGAUGCAACCAGCAGGAAAGCACAAGCUCUCCUGGUCAGUCCCUAUCCCCCAACUUCUCCCUCCACCAUAAACGGCUAACCCAUCCUCAUCCAAACCAUCUACAUACCUGGAAGUCAUUCCUUUUGAUGUUGGGGACAUCCAUGUUAUGAGUUGACGGGCAGAUAUCUUCAUAUUUUUUCCCAGUGAAGAUGUCAAUGCCAACCAGGUGGACCUGUAUGUGAGCAUCACAGAGAGAAACCCAACCAAACUCUUAAGACGGAGGAAACAAAGGCUCCAAGUGACCUUGCCUGAUGAGGGAAGUCAGACUACAUUGUUGGGGCAAAGACUGGAGUAUUGGAAUUGAACCAGUCAACUCAAGAAACAGUAAAGCCUCUUAAAGAAAACAAAACAACAGAGGCUAAAAAACCACCGUUGAGAUUGGGGUUGACAGCACAAGAGAAAACUGCAUGGCAGGCUUAGAGAAGACGGUUACCUUGAUAAAAGAUAAGAUGCUAGGAGUCUGGGGGAGUGGGAGGAGUCUGGGUAAAAGUUUGGAAGAGUUUUCUGGACACCAGGAGAAAGAGCUUAGAAAUUGGGAAAUAAGGAGGGUAGAAGGGGAAAGAUAAGAAAAUAAGAAAUGUGAAAGAGCUGAAGAGAAAAAAGGACUUGCAAGGAGAUCAGAAAUAACUAUGUAGCUAGAAAAUAAGGAAGCCAGAAGAGCACAGAGAAGGAUCCAGACACUAGGGAAUAACCCAAGAUCAGUGUCAAGUCAAAAGAUAGAAAAACUGAUUAAGGAAAAACAGCACAAGAAACUCAACAAGAACGAACCACGUUGAAGUUCUAAAGAGACAGGAAAAAUCUGAGGUGAUGAGGGAAGUGCUAGCAAGAAUGUUAAAACCCAUGACAGCAUGGAGGCUCAAGGAACCCAAGGAGAGUGGGAUGGGGCAGGUAGAGGCAGUUUGAUCCUGCAUCAGAGUUCCAAAGGGAAAGCUAGAACUGAGGAACGAAGCAGCAAGGUAAUCUGAAAGCUCAGAAUUAACGCAGGAGUCCCUCCAGGGGAAGGCCACGUUCUGGUAGAACUGGAGAAACCCUGGGCAAUGUGAUGGAAACAACCAGCUACAAUGGCUCAAGGGAAGAAAAAGUGAAAACCAAGAAUAAGGAAGGAGCAGCUGAAUAGCUAGAGCAUAAAGGCCUAUGAAUUGAAGUUAAAAAACUGGCACAAAGCUGGAGAAACAGAGGGACUACCAGAUAACGAUGGGGGGACAGAAGGGUAACCACAGAAGAGGCUGAAGACUGGGGAGCAGGUGUAGUUGUCUGAAUGGGUAUGAAGGCUGAGUGCUAAACAAAAAGAAUCAGACAGUAAAAGCAGAGUUAAAGGAAAGUCAGCACUGUUGGCAGCUUGCUGCUGGGAGCACCAAGGAUACUGGAGGCACGGGGAAGGCAAGAUGUGGAGGUGAAAUUCUAACCUUGGCGUGGCCGUGCUUGCCAGUCUUCGAAGUAGACAUCUCGACGAUCUUACAUGGCCGGCCUUUGAGCACCACAAAGCCAUUCUUACGUAAUGCUGAGCACUGCAUUGGGAAGGUGGCUGAGGCCCCUGCAUCUCCUGUCUCGAAGUCCAAAUCAUCUGCCAUUUUAAGAGGCUUCGAUUCCAACUAGAGCCAAGAAGAGAACUGAAGUGAAUAAGCAUGGAGGUUAACAGGACCUCCAAUCUAUCCCAUUUCUCUCUAGAAACAUUUUCCCAACUCUGUAUUCCAUUACCCACCUAAAAUAAAGUUCCUGAACUUAAAA